AUGCUAAAAUCUUUAUUAUUAGUACUUCUAUAUGCUUUAAUAACAUUAUCAAAGCAUAUUAGAAAUGAAAUUAUAGGAUUAGAAGAAGUCAAUUACUAAGUGAUUAUUAAAGUAAUUGAUUUUUCAGGGUAUGCUCUAUCCGGAGUGAUUGUUAAUGUUAAGUAUUUGUAUUUAUCAAUUUAGAAAUGGAAAUACAAUAAUUGGAGAUAAAGAUCAAAUGACUGAUGGAACAGGGAUUGUUUAAUUAACUGGAAAAAUCACAAAACAAUCAUCUUAUCAAAUUACAGCUAUUGCAUCAACUACAUUUAACGACAUUUCAACAUCAAGUAAAAUAGAUGGAAUUAUGGAUUCAAAAGGCACAAUUAUAUUUAAUGGAAAAUUAUAAUUCACUUAAUCUGAUGUUUAAGUUUAAGAUAUGUUUUAACGAGGAUUAAUAAUAGUAAUUAUCUAAUCUAAUUUCAGUUAAAAACACAAUCGAAUUCUAAACCUCUUCCUGGAGUAAGUGUCACGUUUACAGCUAUUUACUCAGAAGACAAAAAAACUAAAGAGAUUAAUUUCAAGGCAGUAACCAAUGAAAAAGGAGAAGAAAAUGUUAGAUUUUUGUUACCCUCACAAAAACCUGCAUUUAUAAUACUUUAUACAGCAUCUAAGAAUGAAUAUUGGAAUACCUAAUAAACAAAUCGUAAUGCUUAAGAAUUCGCAUUAUGGCCGUAAUUAUUAUAUUUAUAUCUAAAAUAGAGAAAAGAAAUAUGAACUCCCAAUAACAAUCAAUUUAGAUCCUGGUUAAUUUAAAUUUAUCUUAACUGCAUUAGUUUAAGAUUAAACAUCUAAACCAUUGUCUGGAGCUAAAUUGUAAAUAGGAGGCAUGAAUUUAGGAUCAAACAAAGAAUUAGAAGCAUUAAAUACAGUAAGUGGAACUGAUGGAAAAAUUAGUUUAACAUUACCUUUAAAAGCUACUAAUAAAAUUCAUGUGAAAGAAUAAAUAACAAAAGAUGAAUACAUAGGAUAGAGUCAAGAAUUUGAUGAGUUGUUUGAUUUAAAUGUAAAAAAAGAUUAAUUCACUCAUGAUUUAGGAAUUAUUAAAUUAUAAGAAGCAUCAGGAGAUUUAUAAGUAUGAGUUUAAUUUUAUAUUAUUAGAUUUCUGGAACUAUUAGUGAUUCAUCAAAAUAGGUUGCAUUUGUAAAAGGAGCAACUAUUGUAUUCACAGUAUUAGAUAGUAUUGAUCCAGUCUCAGUAAUUACUGAUGCUUAAGGUAAAUUUAAGGCUGAAAUAUUUGUACCUGCUAAUAAAGAUUUAUAAUUGAAGGCCACAGUUACUGCAUAAGGAUUUAUGACAAAAAUAGCUGCACCAAGAUAAAUAAAAGUUUCAGCUAAAUAGCCUUUGUAGAUUACAUUUGAUGUAGUUUUGGACAGAACAAUAAAAAAUAUAAAAAUAAAAGAUAAACUUGUUGAUCCAAGUGGUAAACCAAUAUAAAAUGCAAUUGUAAAGAUUGUAGAAAGUAAUCCAAUGAUGCCUGAUAAAACAUUAUAUAAUAAGGAAAUUAUUGAUAAUGCAGAGUAAAUGAUUAUAGUUAAAAAAUAGUGGUUCUUUUGAAUAUCCAUUUGGUUGUUACUAAGAUUUAAAAUUUGAUGCAACAUUUGUAUUUUAAGUACCAUAGUUUGUACCUGUAACUUAUAAAACAGGAGAUUUAGAAUGUAAAGAUUAAGAUUUAGUUAAAUAUUCAAUGACAUUAUCAAAAUAGACAGCAAUUUUAACAAUAAAAGGAUAGGUGAUAGAUGUUGAUUAGAAAGGAAUGAAAGGAGUGAAUUUAAAAUUUAAAUCAGAUCCAAUAUUAGCAAUAGGGAAUUAAAAUUUAGUAACAGAUGAAAAAGGUAAUUGGUCAGUUGAGAAAUUAACAGUAAUACCUACAACCACAUAUAAAUUUACAGUGGAAUAUACUAAUGAUAUAAAAUAAUAAGUUGAAUUAGUAUAAACAUUUACUCCUAGUAUGGAAAAGGAAUAAACAUUUAAUUUUCCAGUGAUUGGAUUUUAAAGAUAUGUUAAAGCUAAAAUAGCUGGUAAAAUAGCACCUGCAGAUGGAAAAGCAGCUAUUCCAAUACCUUUAGUAAUAACUUGUGAUGGAAAAGCAAAAGAUGGAAAACCUAUAGUAAUAGAAACUACAACAAAAGAAGAUGGAUCAUAUUCUGUUGAUGUAGAAGUAUUAGCAGGAGCAGAUAAACCAUUAUCAUGUGUAGUAACUAAUGGUAUUAUUUAUAAUAAUAUUAAUAUACAGGUACAGGUAAAGAUACUAACACUGGAACAGGUAAAGAUACUAAUACAGGUAAAGAUACUAACACAGGUACAGGUAAAGAUACAAAUACUGGAACUAAUACAGGAACAGGUAAAGAUACUAAUACUGGAAGUAAUAGUGGUACUAAUAUUAAUUGAAAUUUAGGACCUGUUUAACCAAUAAAAGUUGAUGUUAAAGUAUCUGCACCUACUUGGAGUACAAACACAAAUAUUCCAGUCACUUAUAAUACUGUUGAUAUUGUAGUAAAAGGAGUUGUCACUGAUAAAACUAAAACUAUUUCUACUGUUGAAAAUGUUGAUAUUACUCUUAUUAUCACUCCAUAAGAUGUUUAUAUUUAGAAUCCUGGUAAACAUUUACUUGAAUAAUAUCUCUUAUAUCAAAGACAUUUCUAAAGUACUUCUAAAUCAAUUUUAUAAACUAAAUCAGCUAAAGAUGGAUCUUAUGAAUUCAAAUUUAAAGCUGUUUAAGCAUAUACUUUAAAAUUUGAAAUAUAAGCCAAAAAAGAACCAAUAUUUGAACCUUAUGAAAAGAAAGGAAUUGAAGAAAAAUGUUUAAAAUCAGAAACCUUAACUGAAAAUAUUGAAAUAGACAGAAUUAAAAUGUUAACUAAAAUUCAUUCUACAUUGGUUGGUACUGAUAAGAAACCAAUUACUAAUGCAUCUGUUUAAAUGACAUCAUCAGAUCCAAUAAUGAAGGAUUCUAAAUAUUAUAAUUUAGCUGUUAAAGAUGAUGGUAAAGGAUCGUUCUUUUUAGAUUUUGAAUGCUAUAAAGAUUUUGAGUAUGUAGUUAAUUUAUAGAUUGAUGUUCCAUAAUAUGUUUAAUAGAAUAUUAAAAGUUCCAAAUUUAAAUGUUCAUAAGCUUUAACUGAAUUAAAUCCAAUUGCUUUAACUUUAGAGAAAAUAUAAAUAAAAGGUAUUCUUUCAGGUAAAGUGAUUGAUCCUUAAGGAAAUGGUGUACCAAAUUUAGUAUUAAAUAUUAUUACAGAACCUGAUAGUACAAGUUUAGAAACUAAAACUCUAGCAGAUGGAACAUGGACUGUAACUGAUCCUAAACUUUAUCCAAAUACAGAAUAUAAAGCAAUAAUUACUUAUUUAGAUAUAAAUAAAUAAAAAUAAAAAAUAGAAUAAAAAUUCACAAUUUAAAGUGAUAAUUAAAAAGUGUCUAUUCCUGAAAUAAAUUAUUAAGCAAUUGUGAAUGCUAAAAUUUAAGGAAAAAUAGAUUUAGAAAAAGGUAAAUUAAAUUCACCAGUAAAGAUUAAUUUAAAUUGUCCUAAAUUUAAAGAUGCAAAAGGAGCAGAUAUCAAUCAAGAUUUUACAACUGAUAAUAAUGGAAAUAUUGAUAUCUCAUUAUAAAUAUUGGCUAAACAUGAUGAUAAAAUAGAGUGUAUCUUAAAAACAAAAGAUUCACUUGAAGAAACAACAUAAAAAAUAGAAUUAAUACCUCCUAAAUUUUAAGUUUCUGGAGUUUCUAUAAAAGCUAAAUUGAUUAGUACAACAUUUACAAUAACUGGUAAAUUGAUAGAUAAAUCUGAAUUGGAAGAUAAAUUACCUGGUUUAAAAAUAUCUUUAGCAUUACAUCCAUAAGAUCCAAUUUCUACAUAGCCAAUAAUUACUAAAAGUGGAAAUGAUGGCACAUAUUCAAUAAGUGUGGAAGUUGUUAAAGGUGUAACUUAUGAAGCGACAAUUACUAUAGAUGCUUAACCAUUAUUUAAUGUUGCAAAUGAAAAAAUAUAAUUGAUUGGUAAAGAAAAAGAGUAAAAAAUAUCUAAGGAUAUCUCUCUUACAAGAACAGUAAUAGAUUGUACAAUUAGUGGAUAAUUGGUUGAUAUGAAUUAAAAACCAAUACCAAAUUCUAAGAUAGAGAUUUUAAGUUCACGACCUUAAAUGACAAAUACUUAAUUGUAUAAUAAAUUUGCAUCUGCACCAAAAGGAGAUUUUUAAUUAGCAUUUUAAUGUUAUAAUUCAGUUUCUACUACUCUUAAUAUGGAUAUGGAAUCUGAUGUAUAUCCUAAAACUACAUUAUCUCCAUAAGUAUUUACUUGUGGUGAUAAAGAUCUAAAAUUGAAACCAAUUGUAGUAAGUACGAAAUCUGUAUAAAUAACACUUUCAGGUGUUUUGACAGAUAACAGUGGAGUAUCUAAAGGUGUAGCAAAUGCUUAAAUAGAAAUAAUACUUAAUCCAACUGAUCCAUUAGCAUCAAAUUUAUAAACAAAAUCAGAUUUAAAUGGAAAAUAUUCUUUAAGUUUUGGUGCAGUUUAAGAUUAAAUUUAUACAGCUGUUAUUUAAAUUUCACAUCCUGACUUUUAAGCAUAUAAAUCUUAAAAUAUUUAGAUUAAAGCUGAUAAAGCUUAGAGUAUUGAUCAUGAUGCAAAAAUAGAUAGAAUAAUUCUUUAAGCUACUCUAUCUUCAACUAUUACAGAUCCAUCUGGUAAAUAACCUCCAGUAUCUACUUUAACAGUUGAAUCUUUAACACCAACUGUAAAAGGAACAGAAAAAAAUUAAAUAACUACAAAAACAGAUUCAUCUGGAAAAUUCAAUUUGUAAGUACCCUGUUAUAAAAAUGUUGAUGAAUCAUUUAUAUUAGAUGUUAAAGCUGAUAAAUAUAGAGAUACUAAAUCAGAUAAAAUACAAUUCUCUUGUUCAGGUCCAACUAUAUCUAUACCACCACUUAAAAUUAAAUAUGAAUUAGCACCUACUAAUACUAAAUUAACAGUUGCAGGUGAAAUGAUUGGACCAAAAGGUAAAGGAUAAUAAGGAAUUAAUAUUAAAUUAAAUUCUGAUCCGACUACUAAAGAAUAUGAAACUAAAACUGGAUCUGAUGGUAAAUGGUCUAUUUUAGAUGAUUAAUUAUAAUUUGGAACUAAAUAUUAAUUAACUUAAUCAUUUCUUGAUGCAAGUGGAUAAAAUCAUAAAGUUACUUUACCAUUCUCUACAAAUGAUGAAAAAUCAGAUUUAACAUUCCCUAAAUAAUAUUAUGAUGAUUAUGUUCCAUUUUAAAUUGAUGGUAAAAUAACUGCAGAAGAAGGCAUAUAUCCAUCAAAUGUUCCUGUUACUUUAUAAUGUGAUGCAUUUGGAUAAAAUAAAUUACCUAUUGAUCUUUAAACUAAAACAGAUUCUCUUGGAGCAUAUUAAUUUAAAUGGAAUAUGCUUAUGAAUGCAAAUUCUAAUGUUGAUUGUCUUCUCAUUUCACAUGAAACUACUAAAUUUAAAUAAACCAAUAAUAGAUUUAAAAUUAAUCCAAAUAGUGAUGUUGUUAAAUUAACUAAUUAAGCUCAGGUCACUGAAUAAUUCAAGGCUUAACUUGCUAAAUAUUAUUAAUUCUCCACUAUUAAUGGAGCUGUUAUAGCUGAAUUUGAUUGCAAUUCUAAAUUAGAAUGGAAAGGAUUAGAAGGCGUCACUAUUAAAAUUAAAUAAUGGAAUGGUAUGACUUAUGCAGAUCUUUAAAUUGAAACUAAGAGUGACAAAGAUGGUCUCUUCGUUAUCAAACAUUAAAUUUUAAAAAGGUAUUCAUUUAUAAUCAUUUAAUAGUUAAAUUCAAAAUGAAAUGAGAUUAGAAUUUACUAAAAUUAAUUAUAUCCCAACUACAGCUGAAUUUAAUCUUUAUUCAUUUGAUCCUUAAUAAGAUGGUUCAUAUCUUAUCUAAUUGUCCACCAUUAGAAUGGUCAAAAUUGGAUCCCCAGAUAAAUGUCCAUAAAUUAAGAAAAAUAAGCAUCAUCAUUGAU